GCGGGAGCGCGCGCGCGGGCCCGCGCAGGAGGCGGCGGAACCCAGCGGACGAGCGUGCGGCCGCGGCGCCGCCAACUCGUGUGGGACCCACCGCUCCCGCCGGCCGCCCGCCGGUCCGCGCGCCGGUCCUCCCGCCAGCAGCCCAGCCCGCCCGCGAGCCGCCCGUGCCCUCGCGAGGCUGGCAUGCAGGAUGGCAGGACAGCCCAGCCACAUGCCCCACGGAGGGAACCCGAACAACCUCUGCCACACCCUGGGGCCCGCACACCCUCCUGACCCACAGAGGCACCCGACCGCCCUGUCUUUUCGCUGCUCGCUGGCCGACUUCCAGAUUGAGAAGAAGAUCGGCCGAGGGCAGUUCAGUGAGGUGUACAAGGCCACCUGCUUGCUGGACAGGAAGACAGUGGCUCUGAAGAAGGUGCAGAUAUUUGAGAUGAUGGACGCCAAGGCCAGGCAGGACUGUGUCAAGGAGAUUGGCCUCCUGAAGCAACUGAACCAUCCGAACAUCAUCAAGUAUCUGGACUCCUUUAUUGAGGACAAUGAACUGAACAUUGUGCUGGAGCUGGCGGACGCGGGUGAUCUAUCACAGAUGAUCAAGUACUUCAAGAAGCAGAAGCGGCUCAUCCCGGAGAGGACCGUGUGGAAGUACUUCGUGCAGCUCUGCAGCGCCGUGGAGCACAUGCACUCGCGCCGGGUCAUGCACCGCGACAUCAAGCCUGCCAACGUGUUCAUCACGGCCACGGGCAUCGUGAAGCUGGGUGACCUCGGCCUGGGCCGCUUCUUCAGCUCAGAGACCACUGCGGCCCACUCCCUAGUGGGAACGCCAUACUACAUGUCACCGGAGAGGAUCCAUGAGAACGGCUACAACUUCAAGUCUGACAUCUGGUCCCUGGGCUGUUUGCUGUAUGAGAUGGCAGCUCUUCAGAGCCCCUUCUAUGGAGACAAAAUGAAUCUCUUCUCCCUCUGCCAGAAGAUCGAGCAGUGUGACUACCCGCCUCUCCCCGGGGAACAUUACUCUGAGAAGUUACGAGAACUGGUCAGCAUGUGUAUCCACCCUGACCCCAACCAGAGACCCGACAUCAGCUAUGUGCACCAGAUUGCCAAACAGAUGCACGUGUGGACUUCGAGCACCUGAGCGUGGAUGCAGCGUGCCUUCUCAGAAGCCACACCUUACCUGCCUUACCUGAGUCUUCUCCAAAGUGGCCACCUGGUAGCUGGGACCAACUAAGACUAGAGAGUUCAGCAGGUUCCCCAAAGAGGGGCCCAGGCUUCAUAGCAGAUGCUGAAUACAGGGCUGCUGGGGGGAGGGGCACUGGUCAUGUGUUACUGGUGGUCACAUUCGAAACUCCUUUCUUUAAACUGUUGUGAACACUCUCAGCUGGGUCGCAAGGGGUGGAUGAUUCAGUGAGCCACUGACAUACCCCUUAUAUCUGGACUGUAAUGUGAAUCUUUCGGAUAAUUCCUUCAGUGACCUGUUAAGGUUUGUAGUAACAGGAGAAUACAGGAGACUCUCUGAUUUGUAGUGAGCCUUUUUAAAUGGAUAGUGGCAAGUUUAGCUCUUAGAAUCUUUUCAAACAAUCAAGCUGUGUGCUUAAUUUACUCUGUUGUAAGGGAAGAAAGUGGAAAUACUUUUUUUUUUUUUAAGUAGAGUGGAGAUUUUCCUAAUAUUUUUCUCUAUGUUUAUAACUUGAUAAAUGACGAUGAGGUGAACCCAGCAUCUGACAUCGAGGCAAACAGUAUUUGAAAGCCAUGAGUGUUCUCUGUGCAGUCGGCUCAGGCCUCUUCUGAACACCUGCCAGCACCAGGCCCUUGUCACCGGCUUGAAAGCUGGCAGUUCACUGAAUGACCAGUGUCAAGUGUUUUCGUCCCUGAGAAGGAGGCAUAGGAAAUAAAAACAUACAGGCUUUGCGCUGGUUCUGCACCUUCCUGGCAUGACCCUGGGCAAGCUUCUUAACCUGAGACUGUUGCCUCAUCUAUCAAAUGGACUUAAUAACAUCUAUCUUCAGGGUUGCUGACAGAAUUUGAGAUAAAAUAUGUAAGUUAUCUAGCUCAUGGCAGAUGAUCCAAAAAUGGUAGCUACUCACCCCUUCACAAAGCUGAAAUCCACAGACCAUGCAAGUCAAGAGUUAACGUACAACUAUAUUAUUUGUAGAAAACCAGAAGUGUGUUCACUUAUUUCUUGCUCCCAAAUAGGAUUAACUGUGAAGAUUAAUUUAUAAAUGUGAACUUAAGGAAAACUGAAGCUCUGAAGGAAGUGGUUUGAAUUUUGUUUUUACACUCAAGUUAAUCCUCAAAUGGUCUACAUUGUCGCCCACUGACUUGGUGACAGUUCAGCCCUCAGACAGAGAGCACAUACGUCCGCUCCACUGGUGUCCUGGUCAGGCCUCCCUGGGGACAGAGGAUUUGGGUCGGGCCAGUGUGCCGAUUUCUCGUGUGAACUCUGUUCUACUGUAAUACUGUCGCGUUUGAGAGAUUUUCUUCAGAUGCAGCCUCUGCUUUGUACUCAUCCUCCAUGGUUGAAAUAAAAUGGGUAAGAGGGGUUCCUUCUGUGAA